UAUGGAAAUGCAAAAAAGUACUACUAGUUUACUCAUACUUGUCUGCGCAUUCAGUUUAUUGUCCACUUUAAAGUUCGGUUAUGGGAGCAUAGUUGGAGCCUAUUCGAACAAGAGCUGCAUUGAAAACGAGAAACAAGCUCUGUUGAUCCUUAAAAAUAGUCUCAUCGAUGAAUCAAAUAACUUAUCGUCAUGGGUCGGAGAUGAUUGCUGUGCAUGGCAUGGAAUUAGCUGCAACAAAAGAACCGGCCGAGUCAUUCAACUUGAUCUUCGAGGUGCUGGUUUAAAAGGUGACGAAAUAAAUUCUUCUUUGCUCCAUUUGAAAUAUCUGAGUUACUUGGACUUGAGUUUCAAUGAUUUUGAGGAAACCCGAAUUCCCGAAUUUUUAAGUUGGUUUAAGGAUCUUACAUAUCUCAACCUUUCUAACUCGAAUUUUAAAGGUUUAGUUCCGCGUCAUCUAGGAAAUCUUUCGAGUUUAAGGUACCUUGAUUUAAAUGGUAAUCCUCUGUUAAGUAUUGAUGAUAUGGGGUGGUUAUCUAAGCUUUCUUUGUUGGAACACUUGGAUCUCUCCGGGGUAGAUCUUUCUGGCGCCAAUAAUUGGUUUCCACUUCCUAGUUCAAUUACAGUGCUUGUGAUGAUCAACUGCCACCUACCUGAAAAAAUCGAUUCUUAUCCGAUUUUUAUGAAUUUAACAUCUCUUGUUUCACUUGAUCUUAGUUAUAAUUACCUCAAAUCUUCUUUUCCGUUAUGGGUUUUGAACAAUAGUGACAUUGAAAAUCUUGUUCUUGGGUCUAACCAAUUUAAUGGCCAAAUUCCAAAUUCUAUUGAAAAGAUGACAUCUCUCACUGUUCUUAAUCUCGGUUCCAAUAACUUUCAAGGUUUGAUCCUCGAAAGUUUAGUGGCUUUGACAUCUCUCACUGAUCUUGAUAUUUCACACAAUAGUUUUCAAGGUUUUAUUCCUGAUGGGAUUGGAAAUUUGACGUCACUUUCUAGACUUGAUCUUUCUUUCAAUGGUUUCCGAGGCUCUAUCCCUCCAUCUAUUGGAAAUUUGAAAUCACUUUCAAAACUCGAUCUUUCAUCUAAUAAACUAAAUGGUUCAAUUCCACACGAGAUUGGCAGACUCGCGGAACUUACACAACUUUAUUCACAAACGAAUGAAUUAAGUGGUGGUCUGCCGGAAUCAUUUUGCCAAUUGUCCAAGUUAAAAAUAUUGUACAUUUAUGAUAAUCAUCUGAGUGGAAGCCUUCCGAAAUGCUUUGGAGAACUAUCAAAUAUAGAACAGUUGUAUCUUAUGGGUAAUGCAUGGGAGGGUAUUCUAUCAGAGCAUCACUUUUUUAGUCUCUCGAAACUGGCUUAUUUGGCUAUUUCUUCAGGGUCUAACUUAGUGUUGAAUGUUAGUUCGAAUUGGGUUCCUCCCUUUCAGCUCAGAUAUAUAUACCUGCAGUCCAUGACAGUCGGGCCCAAAUUUCCCCGCUGGCUCCAGACACAGAAACAGAUCAGUUACAUUUUCUUGGCAAAUUCGGGCAUAUCAGAUAUCAUUCCGGCUGAUUGGUUUGUGAGUGUGUUCGUAUCUCGGCUCAAGUCCAUUGAUUUAUCUGACAAUGACAUCAAUUUCGAAGGACUGUCAUCAGUUUCAGCAGCUCCAGUUGGUUUGAAUACAUUAGCACUCUCAAAUAACCGUUUUUCGGGUGAAUUUCCUGCUUUCUUGUGCAAUGUGAAGUCCUUAUCGACUUUAAUUCUCUCAAACAACAAGUUUACAGGAGAGCUCCCCCAGUGUUUAGGAAACCUAACAGAAUUGACCCAUUUCGAUGUGAUGAAUAACAGUUUCUCAGGUGAAAUUCCCGCGGCUUUGGGUAAUCUAGUACAUCUCAAUUAUUUAAACUUGCACAACAACUCGUUUCAUGGGAAAAUUCCCCUGUCCUUCCAAAAUUUGACAGAGCUGGUGACACUUGAUUUGGGAAAAAAUAAUCUGAAUGAUAAUUUUCCCCCUUGGACCGGAGAACAAUUACCUCGUCUAAAGUAUUUAAUACUCCGGUCCAACAAUCUCUAUGGCAAUAUUCCAGCACAGCUUUGCAGCUGCCCAUCAAUUCAACUUUUAAACCUGGCACAAAAUCAAAUCACAGGAAACAUUCCUUCUUGUUUCGGCAAUCUUAUUGCCAUGAUUGAAGGUGAAAGCGAAGUUCUACAUCCAGGUUUCAGUUAUUUAAGUGGUCAAAUGAUAGUAGAUGACGCGAAAGGGUAUGAGCUAAGAUACACAUCCACACUCGGGUAUCUGUUUUCCAUUGAUCUGUCAGACAACGAUAUCAGAGGAGAGAUUCCAGAAGAGUUGAUGGAUCUUGGAGGCUUAGUAAAUUUGGAUUUAUCGGGUAAUCAGCUAAGUGGAAGGAUACCUGAAGGAAUCGGGGAACUAAGUAAACUAGAAUAUCUUGAUCUGUCUAAGAAUAAGCUUUCUGGUCGUAUUCCACAGAGUCUAUCAGAUUUAAGCUUUUUAAGCCGCUUGAACCUCUCCUUCAAUAAUUUAUCAGGGAAAAUACCUACAGGAAACCAGCUUCAGACCCUUGAAGAUCCCUCCAUCUAUGCUGGCAACAAUAAUCUAUGUGGCCAACCCCUGAAGUCUUGCAUUACUGACGCGAAAUCAGAUCACAGAAAAGAUGAUACUGGCUCGUAUGAUGAGCACAUUUGGUUUUACACUGGGAUAUCACCUGGUUUCUUUGUUGGCCUUUUGGGAUUCUGCGCUUCUCUGUAUUUCAUCGACUCUUGGAGGCUUUCUUACUUUUACUCUGUUGAAAGAGUCUCUGAAAAGAUUGCCAUUGCCUUGUUUCCGCGGAAAUUCCAGUACUGAAAGCAGAUUCAUGCUUCGCAAGCUGUAACCUUGAAGCUGGAGGAGAAGGAAGUUGUGAAAUUCUGCAUCAUAUAAAUAAAGCUUCAUUAAUAGUGUUUCCAGUUGUUUUUAGCUAGCAGUAUUUGCCGUUGGUUUUCAAUAUAUUAGUUUCCAGAAUUAAGUAUUUAGAGCGUGAGUCAGAUUUCAUCAGAAAAGAGUAAGACUUAAGAAUAAGAGAAACCAGUCAUGCUUUGUUAUGGCUUGUUAUAUAUUUCAGAGAUAUUAAGGAUUAAA